UAAGAUCUUUAACAAAACUCCAAAAUGUGAACUUAGGAAAAACCUGCUCUUCUGAUCUUCUCGGACAAGUAACAGAGGACCCCUAGAUUUGGACCUGCGCCCAUUGGAAUUUGGGGGCUCUUUGGUCAUUGCACAAGAAAUCUUCAUGGGCCAUUUAGUCCUCACACUUCCUUCUCUUAUAUGCUAGAACUUAUUAUCUCUCAGCUUCUCAAAUGCCAUUAAUGGCUUCCUCUCUCCUCUUCUCUCUCUUUCUUGCCUUUUCUUUCUCUCUUACCCAUUCAGCUAUUGAUCAAUCUGGAUUUCAUGGAGAAAGUUAUAAUAUGAAACUGAGGACCACGAAAGAUGCAUCACAUGAAUCCAUUUUACAGUUGGGCCGUUCAUCUAAUGGUUUUGACCCCACCCGUGUGAGUCAUCUCACAUGGCGUCCCAGGGCCUUCCUGUACAAGGGUUUUCUAACUGAUGAGGAGUGUGACCAUCUCAUUGUUCUGGCACGUGAUAAGCUUGAAAAGUCUAUGGUGGCAGAUAAUGAGUCAGGGAAGAGUGUCAUGAGUGAAAUCCGCACAAGUUCUGGGAUGUUCUUGAGCAAGGGCCAGGAUGAAAUUGUUGCCAGGAUCGAGGAUAGAAUUGCAGCCUGGACCUUUCUUCCAAAGGAAAAUGGUGAGUCCAUACAAAUACUGCAUUAUGAACAUGGCCAGAAAUACGAGCCACAUUAUGAUUACUUCCAUGACAAAGCGAAUCAAGAGCUUGGGGGACACCGCAUAGCGACUGUUCUCAUGUAUUUGUCACAGGUCACAAAGGGUGGUGAGACUGUAUUCCCCAAUUCAGAGGCCAAAGAGAUCCAACUCGGGGAUGAUACAUUGUCAGAUUGUGCGAAAAGAGGCUAUGCAUUGAAACCCAACAAAGGGGAUGCCUUGUUAUUCUUCAGUCUUCAUCCUGAUGCUACAACUGAUCAAAACAGUCUUCAUGGGAGCUGCCCUGUUAUUGAAGGAGAGAAAUGGUCUGCAACUAAAUGGAUUCAUGUAAGGUCUUUCGAUACUCCUUCCAAGCGUUCAUCAUCUAACGUUGAAUGCACAGAUGAAGAUGAUCUAUGCGCCCAAUGGGCAGCCUUAGGGGAGUGCCAAAAGAAUCCGGCUUAUAUGGUAGGAACCCCAGAUUACUAUGGCUCAUGUAGGAAAAGUUGUAAGGUGUGCUGAUACAUUGGGAUGCUAGUAUCAUAUGAAUGUAAAAGUAUGCAAUAAAAGUAAUAGUAGUUCCUGUUCCUU